AUGAAGAUUGUCUCAGGUGCAGGUUGGUGCUACCAGUCCCAAGUUACAUGUAAUCAUACGUGCACAGGUCCAGAAACAUGGGAAGUGGUUUCCCAGCACUGCAGCGGCAGAUAUCAGUCUCCUGUUAAUAUUGUUACGAGGCGAAUGCUACCAGAUGAACGUCUCACUUCUUUUCACUUGACUGGCUAUCAAGAGACUUUUCAUGGUCGCCUCAUGAACAAUGGUCACACUGUUCAACUGGAUUUGCCCUCCAGUAUAAGGAUCAACGGGGGAAAUCUGCCUGCAUCAUACAAGGGGCUUCAAGUUCACCUGCACUGGGGCAAAGCUGGAGGGCCAGGGUCUGAACACACCAUUGACGGAGAACAAUUUCCAAUGGAGAUGCAUAUUGUUCACAUAAAAGAAGAAUACGACUCUUUAGCCCAGGCUGGAAAAGACCGCACUGGUGUGGCUGUUCUUGGAUUUUUCUUUCAGGAGUCUGCGUCCGCAAAUAAGAAAUUUGAUCCACUCAUAAAUGCUCUGAAAUACAUCCCACAACCAACCAACAGCACCGAACUCAAGGGUGUGUCCCUGGACAUGUUCAUUCUUCCCUACAACAACAUGACCAAGUACUUUCGCUAUGACGGCUCCCUCACAACACCCAACUGUGCUGAAGCUGUUGUCUGGAGCCUGUUUGAAAAUGCUAUUCCUCUCAGCAAGAAACAGCUCGCUGCAUUUUCCCAGCUUCAGUUCCCUAAUGGACAACAGAUGGUCAGAACUUACAGACCACUGCAGCCACUGAAUGGGAGGCAGGUGUAUUACUCCGGAGGCCACGCUGCUGCGGCUAGCAUCGUGCUACUCAUUAUGUCAGUGCUUGUGUCCAGUGCACUCAGCAUGAAAGCUGUUUAA